CUUGGUUACACACGCGCGCACAAUCUAUAAAGCACUCGGCAACUCUAUCGUGGUAUAUAAACGCCAGCAUGGUCCGCCAUCCCUCCAGUGUGUCAAGAGUUCGUCCCCGUCGCCGCUCAGCCAUGAGACUAGCCACCUUGGUGCUGUUGGCGGGGUGUGCUGCAUUGCUGGUCAAUGCUCAAGAUAAAGGCUUAGAAAUUCGAGCAGUCACCAUCGAGGAGAUCUUAAGACAACAUCCUGGUCUUAAAAAGGAACUAUCGGAAAAAAUAAAGUCUGUUUCCACCUCGGACACUCCUGCAACUGCCACUGAAGAUGUAGCCCCCAAGGCUCUGGAUGACGCUACAAAUGCAACCAGUGCAGACACUACCGCUGCCGACACCACCACUACCUCUGCACCUCAGGCAGAUGCCCCUCCUGCCCCAACAGAGUCUACUACCCCAACAAAUGCAGAAGAAGGGCAACGCAGACCAGGCAGACGUCGCAACGGACGUCGUCGCCCCGAUUCUGUCAAGCAAUCUGAGCGAUUUGCAGAAGCUCCUCACCGAUUGAGUGCAACCGAAAAAGACGGCAGUGAAGCACCUUCCAGAGCUCAGCGUCAAAAUGGUCGCCAAUUUCCAGGAACACAAUAAAAAUUCAUCUUCAUUACAUCAAACCAUAAAACCAUAAUUAUCACAGUUUUACAAAUCAACCUAUGUUAAAAGAAAGAGGACUGUUAAUGAAAUAUAAGUCUAGUGUAUGUCAUCUAUAAGUAAAUGUUAAAACCAUUCCUAUUUCAUACGGUAUUGUUGGAAUUUGACAACUUGUGCAACUUUUUUAAAACUAAUAUAGUAAUUCCCUUAUGCAUGGAAUUUUGUUAUGCUGAUUACUUCACUUCACCAAUACCAUCACCUUUUUAUAUUUAAAUACAUUUAAAUACUUAAAUCUUCAAACUACGUGAAAAUUGCUGCGAGUAAUAACGUCUGCUCUUCCUAAAUCUCGCCUGGAAGCACACUAGUUAUAUCACCACUAGCAGUGAUAUGAUGAAAAGUUGCAAUUCAUAGUCAUUUAUAACAAGUUUUAGCACCGAUGUAAAUACUGUACAGUGCAUUAAAAUCAUUUCUAAAAUGCACUCCAAACAGUAUGCAGAUAAUAUUUACAUGUCAUGAACACACAAAUUAACUUACCAGUAAUCAGUCUUCAAUCAUUAUUUACUCCAAAUGACGUCCAAUUGUGGUAAACAUGGUCAAGUGUUAUUCAAAGCCCAGUUAUUGUUACUACAGUACCAAGUCCAUAAACGUAGUGACAAACUUUACUUCCUAUGGCUCUUUGGGAAGUGCUAAUACAUUAUAAUACCAGUUCUUCAAAAGAAUCUACUAUUUUAUAAUUCAUGCUUACUGAGAAAAAUGAAGUGUAAAUUAUACAUCAGACCUCUCUAUUUUCAUCUCAUUUACCACUAUUACUUUUAACAAAACUGUUGUAUGAAAUCUGUACUUCUAGUAUUUUAUUAAUAAACAUUCCCAUUAA